GCCAAGAUGUGUGACUUCACCCAGGACCAGACCGCAGGAUUCAAGGAGGCUUUCCAGCUGUUUGACAGAACAGACGACCACAAGACCCUGUACAGCCAGUGUGGGGAUGUGAUGCAGGCCCUGGGCCAGGACCCUACCAACGCUGAGGUGCUCAAGGUCCUGGGGAACCCCAAGAGUGAUGAGAUGAUUGUAAAGGUGCUGGACUUUGAGCACUUCCUGCCUAUGCUGCAGACCGUGGCCAAGAACAAGGACCAGGGAACCUACGAGGAUUAUGUUGAAGGCCUCUGUGUGUUCGACAAGGAAGGGAAUGGCACCGUCAUGGGUGCUGAAAUCCGUCAUGUCCUAGUCACACUGGGUGAGAAGAUGACAGAGGAGGAAGUAGAGAUGCUGGUGGCGGGGCACGAGGACAGCAAUGGUUGCAUCAACUAUGAAGAGCUUGUCCGGAUGGUGCUAAAUGGUUGA